AUGAAGCCCGCUCCAAGAGAUACAAAGCAGGACUCCGUUCCUUUCUCUGCAUUGGGAGUUAUGCUGGAGCGUGGAUUGUCCAACUCUUUCCCACCACCAGACCACAAUUCCCAAACAUCCAGCGCGUUGAGCGCUGCUGGUCCGCACUCUGGUGAACAGCUGGUUUGUACACCAACCAAGACACGAUCCCUAUCCGAUUCUACCCCGAAGUUGAUCCCUUCGCCCGAUAUCCGCGAGGCCAAAUCCUCCAAGGAUGACAACCAUAUUCAUGCUGACCCAAAGACCCCGCGCCGACCAAACUUCCACCAACGCGGCUUGUCAUUGCAGAUGCCGCCGAGAGAAGUGUUCAGCACCGGUCUAUCAGUGAAUCGGGCACCGCUCUCCCCACCACUACAUCAUCCUCGAGGCCCGUACGGAUCUCCAUCACAUCAAGUUCUUCCUCGUCACUCACGGGGCCUGGAUUUUGCUCGUGCGUGCACCAAUCUUCAUCAUUCUACCCUCGCAGAGUCAUCGCCCGACUCCUCACCUACCAUCACACAGAAGGGCAUGAUGAUUCCCAACCAACGCCGAUCAGCGUUUACAAGCGGAUUCGAUUCGCACAGCAUGGGAAGCAAUGCAUGGUCACAGCAUGGCGAUAAAAUGGCUGCGACCAGCUCACUUGGAAGCAUCGCCAUGUUGGAUGAUGAGAGCUCCUCCAACAGUGAUGAUGACAUCGAUCCGAUGGACCAUGACGAAACCGACGACAUGAUCAUUUCCACCCCGCAGGCCAUGAAAUCAAACAACGCCAGUGCAUCCACUCCUUUCGCUCCAUCCACAGCAAACCCAUUCGGAAACAGCUUCGCCGGAGGGUCCGCUGGAUUCAUGAACUAUCAACGAGCACGAUUGCGACGCCACCGCAGUCGAAAGAGCUCGUCCAGUGCAAGCAUGAGCGGACACAGCUCCCUCGCCAGCCCCGCCCCUGCAUCCCCUCCAAACGGAAAAGCGUCGGAAAGCAACGGUGGAUAUUUUGCGCGAGAAGUGGCCAUGCGGAACGCGGGAUCCCGGCGAGAAAGCCUGAGCUUCCAUACGAACGAUCUUCACAUUUCUUCAGGUAACGACAGCGGCGAUGAAGCGGGUCGACCGCCUCCAGGAACACCGGGCGUGGUGAGACGUGCUGUGACGCGGCGAGGUAACCUCUUGCCAAAAACACGUGCAUUCGGUCGCAUUAAAGAUGACCUCAUCGCCGAAACCCACCCCCUUGAUGCCGAUAUCCGCCGUGAAGCCGAAGUUAUCCGUCAAGUCCGCGAAAGCGACGGUGACAUGAUCCGCCCUUCCAGCUCUGCCGGUCACUCGAACUCGGACACUCUCACCGGCAUGCUAGGAGACGACCGCAUGCCAGCCGACCACCCCGGCGGUGCCAAAGGGCUUUUCGGAGCCUUCCCACCCGCCUUCGGCAGCCGCGAAUUCUGGAACACCUUCGAGCCGCUCCCAUCGAACGGCACGGGCACGUCUCCCAACGACACAAAUGGCAACGGCAGCCGGCAGCCCGGACCGCCACCACUCUUCCCCCGCGGCUCCGCAAUGAGCGACGACAUCAGCAUGGGCCCCUCCAGCCCCUCGAUCUCGGCCUCUAGCCGCUCCGCCUCGCUCUUCUCCUCCACCUCGCACUCCCACUCAACCUCGCACCACGGCAACCUCUCCCUCGCCCUCUCCCUCGCUCAGCAAACCACUCCGCCGAACCUCACCGCCGUUGCCAACCCAUUCGACGCCCCCGCCACCAACGCCCACGCCCACGCUGCGAGCCACUCCCGCGCCACCACUCCGCAACCCCCGAACUCGCUCCACUUUCCGCCAUCGGCAGCUGACGGCAUCCGUAAAGCCUCCAAGCGACGUCGCGACGAUGAGUUCGACGGCAUGAGCCUUAAGCGUCGCGCCGUAAGCCCGGGAUUGUCCGUGCAGAAUAGCCCGGUGCUGAGCCAGAGUCCGGGGAGCGGAGGAGGUGGCGCUGGGCCUUUGUGGGGGACGGCGGGUGGGUCGGCGGGGGCGUUUGGGAAGCGGAGUAGGGAGGGCAGCGUGGUGCCGGGGAGUGGAAAUGGGAAUGGGAAUGGAAAUGGGAAUGGUGUGAUGGGGACGCCGGGGAUGGGGCCGAAGAGGGUGGGGUUGCAGGGGAUGACGGAUACGAGUGAUGGAUUGAUGAAGAUGAGUAUCGAGUGA